CUUUUUUCUUUGCAAAAAAGGGACAUUCGUCUUUAAUUAACAUCAAUAACCAGCAGUGAAAAUGGGAUAUUCUGGCGAGAAAAGUGCCAGAUUUGCCUAUUUUGCUACAUUGGCAGCUUCACUAACUGCCUUUGCCACUGGAUCGUGCUAUUCAUGGACCUCACCAAUCCUACCAAAACUCCAAUCACCAGAUUCAGACUUGAACCCACUGGGUGAGCCUGUCAGCACAUCAGAAUCAGCAUGGAUAGUGGCAGCUAUGAGCUUAGGAUUAAUAUUCGGACCAGCUCUAACAAUUUUUCUACUCAAGUUUUCUACCAAAAAAUAUACAUUGCUACUAUCAAUAGCACCGAUUGUUGUAGCGCAUGCCACGUGCAUGAUAACAUAUCAACCAAAAAUGAUUAUCUUAGCAAGAUUUUUUAUGGGUGUGGGUACUGGUGCUGUUUGGUCAGUCCUUGGAGGUUUUAUUGCUGAAAUUUCUGAGGACAAAAAUCGAGGACUACUAGGCAGCAUUCCUGGUGUAAUGUCAAAUUUUGGAAGCCUGUUGGUAUAUGUUCUUGGACCUGUGCUACAAAUAAGAUACUUCAGCUUGGUGCAUUUGGUUCCACUAAUAUUAUUUUAUAUAUUAUUUGGCUUUUUCGUUCCUGACAGUCCGUAUGAUUUGCUUGUUGGCAAUAGACAUGAAGAAGCUGAAAUUAGUUUGAUGAAAUUAAGGGGCAGUAAAAAUAUUGAGAAGGAAUUAGCAUUUAUGAAAGAUACUAUUGAUUCUAAAGAUGAAGAUGAAGUCACUUUAUCAGUUUUCUUCAAAGAGCGUGGGUUAAGAAAAGGUCUUAUGAUUUGCGUUCUCCUUAUGGCAUUUCAACAAUUUUCAGGAAUCUUGGCUGUAGUAAGUUAUGCUCAAACCAUUUUCAGUCUGGCGGGUGACUCUAUCUCUCCAACACUGUCUGUUAUUUUAUUAGGCAUAGUUGGAACUGUGGCAAAUAUUAUAAGUUCGUUUUUAGUAGAUAAAAUGGGAAGAAAAAUACUGUUAACUAGUUCUUGUAUAGUGGAAGCACUUUCUUUAUUCACUUUGGGUGUAUAUUUUUACAUGCUCAAUGCUGGAGUGGAUGUAUCAGCUUUAUCAUUUGUACCUGUUGCUAGUCUUAUGAUCUUUAUGGCUUUCUUCAAUAUUGCUCUGGGAAUUAUUCCUUGGAUAGUAGCUGGAGAACUGUUUCAUACCAGCGUGAAAGCCAUUGCUUCAACUGCAAUAUCACUAUCAAAUUUUAUAUUCUCGUUCCUAGUCACAAUGGGCUUUCCUUACAUGGUAGAAUAUUUGGGUAUGAGCUGGACAUUUUGGACAUUUGCCAUGAUUAUGGUUGUUGGGUCGAUAUUUUGUGUAUUGGUAUUGCCUGAGACGAAAGGUAAAAAUUUCCAGGACAUACAAAAGCUGUUGAAUAAGUGAGCUAAUAGAAGGAUGUUUGACCAGCUCGAUGAAAAUGUGAUAUUUUAAAAUGUUAUCGAUAAUUGCAUAUGUUAUUUAUUUUUUGGUAUAAUAUAUCGAUAAUGAUUUAAAA